CAUCGACGACGACGGAGGCAUGGACGUCAUCGGGGACGGGGAUGAGCAGACCCUCCAGGCGAUUCUCGGACGUGGCGAUUUCGUCGGGGGGAUAGACAACGAAGCCUUGGAUUUUUCUCAGUUGGAGGACUUCAUCAACAGUGACAGCGAACAACCUGCGACAUAUUUCGCGGACACCCUUGCCCACAACGAAAAUGGAGGUGGAACGGUACCCCACGGUGGCCGAAUCGACGCACCCACGUCGCAGCCGGUCGCCCAACAGCAACCACCGCGACUACCUUCGCCGCAGAUGACGCAGGCUCAUCCAGUUUCGAUAGCGUGUGCUUCCGGUACCACGACGGUACCCAACAGCGGCUACAAAGAUCCGCAGGCGUAUGUUCACCCACACGCGCUACCGGAAAGUCCACCGGAUAGCGGAAGUGAGCCACCGUACUCACCGCCGGGACAUAAUGACACUCAACACGUACAUUCGCCACAUCAAAAAGCAGCUCUGCAAGAGAUACUUUUGCAUCAUCAGAAUAAUCAGUAUCCUCCUAAUUUGCUACCACCUUCUCCGAGAACAUUGCCUGCGACGACAACGGAUCCUCUAUUGUUAACACCGGUUCUGACAUCCCAUCUUACAUCGGGAACGUCGAAUCUUCCUACGCAAGCCCAGAUAGGACCUUCUUUGGUGCCUUUAUCGCAUGAACAUAGUCCGACUGGCAUUAACACGUUAUACUCCUCUUUGCAAUCGGCUCCAAAGAAGAGGAAACUCAGUCAAGAUGGCCUUAUCCACGUCAAACAGGAACCCGAACUGGGUACUGUAGAACACAGUUGCAGUAGCAGUAGCGCAGUGCUGGACAGCGACGAAGUCGCUGAUAGCAAUUACAUCGAUGCAAGUUAUCAAUGUAUUCGGUUCCAUCCUUUCCAGCAAACAUCUUGGCACGUUCUUUGCGAUCAUAAUCUCAAAGAGUUGCCGGUACCACAUUAUAGAGUGGAUGCCGAUAAAGGAUUUAAUUUUAGCAAUUCGGACGAUGCUUUUGUUUGUCAGAAGAAGAAUCAUUUUCAGAUAACAUGCCACGCGCAACUUCAAGGGGAGGCCGUAUUUGUAAGGACUGGCGAAGGUCUAAAAAAGAUAAGCGGUUUUCAACUACAUUUCUACGGAGUUAAAGUGGAAUCUCCGUCGCAAACGAUUAGAGUCGAACAAAGUCAAAGUGAUAGAAGCAAGAAACCAUUCCAUCCUGUAACAUUGCAUUACAGAGUCGAAUUAGGCGGCGAACGUGUUACAAAAGUGACGGUUGGUCGCUUGCACUUUAGCGAAACUACGAGCAAUAAUAUGCGUAAGAAGGGAAAACCAAAUCCGGAUCAGAGGUAUUUCCAUUUGGUUGUUGGAUUACAUGCUCAUACUGCAGACCAAGCCAGUUAUCAAGUAGUGGCUCACGCAUCGGAACGUAUAAUUGUCAGAGCGAGUAACCCAGGACAAUUUGAAUCAGAAGGCACUGGUGUGGGUGCUGAAGGUGGGUGGCAGAGAGGAGCAGCUCCGGAUAGUGUAUAUCAUGCUGGCAGAGUUGGAAUUAAUACGGAUAGACCGGACGAAGCUCUUGUUGUACAUGGCAACAUGAAAGUAACCGGUCAUAUCGUUCAACCUAGCGACGUAAGAGCGAAACAGAGCGUUCAAGAAGUGGAUACGCGCGAACAAUUACGGAACGUACAACAAUUACGCGUUGUUCGUUAUCGAUACGCUCCAGAAUUCGCACAACAUUCGGGUCUGGAUAUUAAACAGGAAGAUACCGGUGUCAUAGCGCAAGAGGUUCAGCAAAUUCUACCGGAAGCGGUGUUGCCGGCAGGUGAUAUAGUUCUGCCAAAUGGUCAGAGAAUUGAAAAUUUCUUAGUAGUAAAUAAGGAGAGAAUAUUUAUGGAGAAUGUUGGUGCCGUCAAGGAAUUAUGCAAGGUGACGGACAGUUUAGAAACGAGAAUAGAUCAAUUAGAAAGAAUAAAUAAACGAUUAGCGAAAUUGAAAAGAGGUGAUAGUCUAAAGAGUUCUAUCAGCACAGUAUCUAGUAUAUCAGGCAAUAAAUAUUCAUCAUCUAUCAAUAAUAAAUCAUCUUUGCACGGAAAGACAAAAAGGCUCGAAAGGGAAGAAGAACUUCUCUGCAGUAAUAAAUUUAUUCAAAUUAUUAUUGUUAUACUUAUUCUCAUCAUGGCAUUUUGUCUUGUUGCAAUGGCAACAUUAUAUUUCUUAGAAUAUCAAAAACGUAGUACCGUUGAAUGGUCUGCCAUGGCAAGCAAUGGAAUGUUGGCUAUUGGCCCGGCUCAUCCACCGAUAAUAUCUACCACUUCCAAUUAUGAUCAUCGAUAUAAUUCGUUAUUACAUAGCACAUUAUCCCCCUUCUAUACUAAGCAAGGAUCAUAUACAAGGGAAUUAGAUGGAGGAUUAUCUGUCAAAAGUAAUUCUCUUACCACACCUCCUCCGCACACAAAACAACAAUUAUACUCUCAGGAAAUAACAUGGUAUCCGAUGAGCCAUCCGGGUCCCCAACCUAAACAUGAAAAAAAUAACGAAUUCCCGGGAAAUUGGCUUAGUAGAAAUGGUGCAGGUGCUGUUCCAAGCAAUGUGGACGAAAACGAUCAAGGCUCAGAUAUAGAUUCUUCAUCUAUUAAUCUGUUAAAAGGUCUAAUUCCUUUAGGAAGACCUGAAGAGUGUCCCGCACAUUUUACUGAACUCGAAAGUCCAUGUCAGAUAUAUUGUUGCACAGCUGAGAUUCAUCAGUUAGAAGAUCCCCAGCCUGAUCAUCCGCCAGAGAAAAAGUCCAUUUCAGAUCACUUGGAACAGCCAUUAAGUAUGCCACACGAAGAGAAACGAAAAUUAAGUAAGGGUUUCCAAAAUGGUAUUAGUCCAUCCGAUCCUAGUACUCAAACUCUUGUGAAAGAGACAAAUUAUAAGUAUUUACAUAAACGAACAAGACGAGAAACUGGUGGUGGAGAUUGGGGAGAAGUCGCUAGCAACGCCGCAGGAUCAUUACCACCAGAACCUAGACCACAAUUAUUCGUAGUAGCAAAAAAUUUUAACACGUCUUUGGAUCAAAGAUAUUGCUCUCCAUCGUCACCAGAUACACCCAACAAUAUUAGUUGCAUUGUACCUUUAUCGAAACAUAUGCCAGAUACGCAUUUAACAUUACAUUUUGUCGGUAUGCCGUGGUAUUGGCAAAUCGUGCAGCAGUGUCCCUUUUCACCAAACUCUGGUAUAGACGAAACAAUGGUGUGUGGUUGGAGCUAUACUAUGCAGCAACAAUCUCAGUAUAUCGAAAGUAACAAUCAAUCGGGUGAUCAAUCUUUUCCUCUUGAUGUCGCUCAUUACCUUAGAAAAACUUUAAAGUUUCGAAUACCUACGAUGCAACCUCAGGAGAAUAUUUGCAAGAGUAAACAUGAUGUCGACUAUUUGGAAUUUACAUUGCAUUUUUAUCGAGACUGCGAAGAACAAUGAAUAUUCUCUCCUUGUACAGCACACUCUGUAAGAAACUUACACGUUUUUAGUUGUCUAACAAAAGUUAGAUUUCUCCAUUCUAUAUGAAGCCUUUGUGCCUUUGUAAC